CGCAUAACCGUAGGGCGGGCUGCGCGCGCAUCGUCCGCCAUUUCUGUCUGCAGUUGUCCUCAGCGCGGCCUACUCGCGCCAUGCACUCACACGUUACGUAAUACAUUAAAAAAAACAAUCCCACCUUUUCUCUAUGACUCUGUGAAGUGACCAUCGAUUAGUGUGUGUUUUUUUGCGCGCGCGGACCAUGGAACUUUUUUAAUCGCAUACGCGCAAUGAAACGCAGACGCACCUAGCAUGCUGUGCACCACGCGGCUGCUCUGGCAGCUGCCGCUCCUCACCACAACCCUUGCCUUCGUACUCGACAAGCAGAACCCCUACUCGCAGUUCCGCAAGUGGAACGCGGCACUCAACGGCACACUCGAACUUGAGUUCAAAACCGACCAGCCAAACGGUCUGAUCUUGUACACCGAUGAUGGUGGCACUUAUGACUUCUUUGAGCUGAAGCUGGUGAAUGGGGCGGUCAGGCUGAGGUACAAUUUGGGGGGCGGCGCGCAGAUUAUCACGGUGGGGAGUAAUCUGCAUAAUGGACAGUGGCAUAAGUUACAAGUGGCACGCCGCGACGAGCACACGACACUGUCGGUGGACGGCGUGACGCGCGGCGCCGUCUCUCGCGGCAAGGAGUUCGCGUUCGGCAAGUUCGGCACCAACUCCGACGUGUUCGUGGGGGGGAUACCGCCUUCAUACAACUCGAAGCUGACCACGUUGGCGCUGCCUUCAGUGAUCUUCGAGCCCAAGUUCCGAGGGUCCAUCAGGAACCUGGUCUACUCCGACGUGGUGGGGCAGCCGCCGCGGCGCCAGGAGUUGAGGCACUCCAGGGAUUUGAAGGCGAGUCUAGAUGCUAGCAGAUAUCUACAAGAUGGUAAGCGCUGGUGA